AUGUCGAGUAAUCACGAUGCUGAAGAGGACAAUCAGAGGAGAGCGGGGGCAGCCCCAUAUGACAGUCGUCAUCCAGUACCUACGGUCCAGGGCUAUCACGCUCGGAAAGCUGAACGCGAAGCGGCAUCCGAAGCCACGAUCUCUCCUUCAGAAGAUGGCAAUUCCUCUCCAAGAAGUAUCAAAAGCAAGCGAAAGAGCCUCAUCUCAUCGGCAAAGGGGCUGUUCCGGUCAGGCAGCACAAGAUCUGUCUCGAAACAGCAUUCAGAGAUCGGUCAGCAUCCGUACAGGGCAGAGAAUCGCAAUGAGGAACCUUCGUCUACAGAAUUAAAUGGAGAUACCAAAAGGGCGGAGGAAAAGCCAGUUUCGAAGUCUGAUGAGGAUGUAUCUCCAGUUCAAAAUGGCGAAGAUUCAGCUCCUGAUAAUGCAGGCCAGCUUGGAGAACAUCCUAAAGAGGACGGAGUUCUGCCUCUAGAUCAUUCUUCUGAAGCUGGAGACUCCGCGAAUAGCAAACCGGACUUGCAAGAGCAAGAGCAUACGGCUCAACAACCCAGCUCGUCUCUCCAAGACACGUCGGAAGCAGGGGCCGAAAACGCUCUGGGAGCAAAAGAAAAGAGGAAAUAUAUGAAGAAGACGGAUAGAGACCACGCCGGACGGGAGGUGACUGAUCCGGUUACCCACCUCCCCGUCAUGAUGCACGAUCUGGGCAGCGGAGAGUUGAAGAGUGUGCCUGAAAACGAACCACCAGCAGGCUCACAGCCGUCUAGAGACACCGAAUUAAGUGAAAAGACCAAGAGUAAUGAUCAGAUCGACAAAGAGAUUGAGGACCUCCAAAAGCAGCAUAGAGGUAUGGAAAAGCUUUUCCCACCUCCCAAUCUGGGUGCUGUCAAAGAAGACGUAUCAAAGGUCUAUAGUACAGCAUUGUCUUUCGGCAUAGCGACUACAUUGACAAUACCGAUCUUUCUGCUCGUGUGCAUUGUAAUUAUUUUGCACAUGGCCGGUUCCCAUCAGCCAUGGUCUCAUCCCUUGUUGAUCUCCUCUGCGAUUCUCCUCUCCGGCUUCUUAUCGGGAGGCUGCGUUAUCUUUUCUUUGCGAGGCUGGCUAAAUAACCGAAUAUCUGACAUCUGGGACGACCACAUAUGGGAUGCUCCUCGGCAACAAGAAUAUCGAUCGUCUGAGUCAUCUACCCCUGAGUCUGUCCAGUGGUUGAACAUGAUCCUGUCUUCGUUGUGGGGCUUGGUCAACCCUGACUUGUUCACGAGCCUGGUCGACAUGCUUGAGGAUGUUAUGCAAGCUUCCUUGCCUAAAAUGGUCCGCAUGGUCAGUGUUGAGGAUCUUGGACAAGGCAGUGAAUCUAUUCGCAUUCUUGGCAUUAAGUGGCUUCCCACUGGCGCCGCUGCUCAAAACGUGUCAGAAGAUGGUGGACUCAAAUCAAGCAAGAACCAAGACAAUGAUCGUAAGGUGGCCGGCGAAGGUCAAAUAUCUGAUCCGAGUAAGCCCGACGGUCAAGACUCCCCUCAGAAUGAGGAUAGCGCGAAGUCGAAUGGCAAAGCUAAGGAACCAGGAGACGACGAGAAUGUAGCAGAGGGAAUGGAGGCUGAAGAAGGUGACUUUGUUAAUGUGGAAGUGGCAUUCUCUUACCGCGCACGUAACAGUGGGUCCAGGUUGAAAGACAAAUCCAAAAACGCACAUCUUUACCUCGGAUUCUAUCUGCCUGGAGGAAUAAAGUUUCCUGUCUGGGUGGAACUUAGGGGCAUGGUCGGUAUAAUGAGACUCCGCCUUCAGCUGGUUCCUGAUCCACCGUUCUUUGCUCUUUGCACCCUCACCUUUCUUGGACAGCCAAAGGCGGAUAUAUCUUGCACCCCAUUAACUAAAAAAGGCCUUAACAUUAUGGAUCUUCCUUUGAUCUCUUCUUUCGUGCAGAGCUCAAUUGACGCGGCAAUGGCAGAAUACGUAGCGCCGAAGUCGUUGACGCUCGACUUGAAAGACAUGCUGACUGGCGACGACUUCAAGAAAGAUACGUCUACUCGCGGCGUCAUCAUGGUGAGGAUAAAGCAGGGAAGAGAAUUCAAACAGGGAGACUCGAAAAUGUUUGGACUGAAAGAAGGCUCUUCAGACGCUUACGUGGCGGUUGGGUGGGCUAAGUUUGGUAAGCCUAUGUGGAGUACGAGGGUCAUAAUAGCAGACAUGCAGCCGGUCUGGGACGAGACUGCUUUUAUACUUGUCGGCCCCCAGGAGCUGAACGCUCAGGAACGGCUACGAGUACAGCUUUGGGAUAGUGAUAGAACCUCUGCAGAUGAUGACCUCGGCAGAAUAGAAGUUGACUUGAAGGAGUUGAUGACCGAUGCCAGGUCCAAUGGUAAAAUGUGGGACCGUACUGACGGUUUCCAGUCUUUAGAUGACAAUGAAAAAAUGCCAGGCACGCUUGAUUGGAGUGUCGGCUAUUUCGCGAAGACGCACAUUCAACCCGAGCAACUGUCAAAGCAAAACGUUGAGCCAGAAAUUAACAGUCUCUCUGAGCUCAAGAAUAAAGUAUCAGAGGACGCCGAGCGCAAACUACGUGAAGCGGUCGGUCAUAUUGAAUCCGAUGAAUUGGAUCAGCAAAAGGCCCAAGAUGAAAAGAUUAGGGAAGACGCUAUGAUCAUAUCAACUCCACCUUUGCGGCAAUAUCCUUCUGGCAUAGUAUCUGUGCAGGUUCAUCAGAUCACUGGACUCGAGUAUGAGCAAAUCAAUAAAAAUCGGACUCAGAACGAUGCAGGCGAUGACGCGGAAGAGGGCGGCGGCGACUUGCCCUCCUCAUACUGCACGAUCAUCUUAAAUCACCAGAAAAUCUUCAAAACAAGGACCAAACCAAAGAACGCCAAACCUUUCUUCAAUGCAGGCACCGAAAGAUUCAUUAAAGAUUGGCAGAGCACUGAUAUUAUGAUUUCAAUAAGAGAUUCUCGUGUCCAUGAGAACGAUCCGUUGAUUGGAAUGGUCUACUUGCCUCUAGGCAAGAUCCUAGCAGAACGGUCCCAAGUGAUGGGAGACUUUCCAAUCGUCGGCGGCAUCGGCUACGGCCGAGUAAGAAUAUCGUUACUAUUUCGAUCAGUCCAACUACAAGCCCCUCGAAGCUUACUCGGUUGGGACUACGGUACGAUUUCGAUCGCCCAACCAGUCACAGCCUCAGACCUAUCAUCUGACCUUGAGGGUCUGCGCAUGAAGCUUCGAACGAGCAUAAGUAAAGCAAAAGCAUACUCCUCAGAGGUAAGCAAAGCCGGGAAGGGAUGGAAGGGUAAGCAUGGUGGCUCACUAAAUCUGGCGAUUCGUAAGCGAUAUUGCUCCUGUGUCGUAUUUGAGUUCCGUAAAAACAGUUUGGGGACGGACAAAACACCAGCCUUCGGCGUCCUUUGGUUGAAAGAUGUACCUGAUGAUGAGGAGACGACAAUUGACGUUCCGAUCUGGCAGAAUGGGGACCAUGAGUUGAAUCGUGCGACUACCAACAUCGUUCAGGGAUUCAGCAAAAAGCUUGGGACCUUACACGUUCCGCUAACAAUCUCCCGUGGCCUGGGACCGUACCAUCAAAAGUUGGCAAGCAAGAACCCAAAUCUCCAAGACGUGUUUGAAGUUCUUACGAUAGCCGAUGAGAAUAAGGAGGUUGACAUGGAUGUCAAAGACGAUCGGAGCACUGACAGCAGUAGCGAUUCUAGUAGUUCAGAUUCGGACAGUGGUGACAAUGUGAAUGAUGGUAAAGGGGGACCGGUGAAAAAGAUCAGGAGCUAUAAAGAGCACAGCGAUCAACUCCAUCGGCAACAUCGAGGCAUUAUGCAAUGGAAAGGAGCAAGGACGGCGGAUUAUUUCAAGACGAAAGUCGAACAUGGAAAAGAUCAUCUUAUGGAUAGCUUCAAGCAUACUGAGCGUGACCCUGGAGUUGAGACAGAGGUCUGA